CUACGCCCAACUCUCUCUUUCUGCUUUUCAUCAAAAAAAAGGACUAUGGGUUCUCAGUCUUAUGAAGUGUUUCAGCCUUCAUGGCCAUUCCACAAUAUCAUAAAUUCAAGUUUUGACUAUGGUUUUAUGGGCAUGGAUGUCCAUGCUGACGUCUGCCAGUUUUCUUCUUCAUUUUCAACAGGAGACGACACUACCUCUGAUAUUUCAUCAAUCCCUUGUUUAUCUACCCUGUUUCCAAAUGGAUUUGCGCAAUCUCCAGCUUGUACUGAUAAUCAGCUUCAGGCUUUGUCAGUUGAAGAUUUUUUGCUUGAUAAUGAAGGGUUUGACCCUAAUUUAAAUGGAGAUAUGGAGUUUCUAUAUGGGCAGUUCUGCGAAAGCGAGGACAGUUUUCCCUUUUCUAAUGAAGGGAAAGAAUUAUGGAGUCCCAGUAGUCCUUCAACAAAGUUUAGUGAAGCAGCAUCAGCAGAAUCAACAUCAAUUCAACCAUCUUUACUUGUCUUUCCAGGGGAAGAAUCUGAACUCGACAAUCGGUUGACCGUCCUUCAUCUGCUCAAGGCUUAUGGAGAAGCAAUGGAGAAUCAGAAGACUGAGCUCGCAGGUGUGCUUAUCAGGUGUUUAAGAGAGAAAGUUAGCCUGGCUGGCGAACCUUUAUUGCGUAUAGCAUUCAGCUUGUCUCAGGAUACCGAAAAGCAUGGGGAUUAUCUAAAACAAGAAUCUUCCAACAACUUUGAAGCAGCUUUCAGGGCGUUUUACCAAAUAUUCCCUAAUGGAAGAAUCGCUCAUUUCGCGGCUAAUUCAGCAAUUCUUGAAGCCAUGCCAGCUGAUGCAGAGAUGAUACAUAUAGUGGAUUUUGACAUGGGGGAAGGAGUUCAAUGGCCUCCAAUGCUUGAGACCUUGGCAAGGCUACAGAAAGGAGUCAGAUUGACUGCAAUCAAAUGGGAACAGGAAAAUUGUGAUGAGGCUCCUCUGAUGUGGAGUUUCAGUGAGGCGAAAAGGAGACUGGUCGAUCAUGCUAGACCUUUCGGUCUCAAAUUAAAGGUGGAGGAGAUGGGAAUUGAGGAUUUGGUUAGUGAGAUAAAAAGGACGAAGAAAAGAGGAGGUAGAAAAGAAUGGUUAGCCUUCAAUUGUAUGGUAGGACUUCCACACAUGGGGAGGGUGAGAAGUAGAAAGCUAGUGGAAGACUUUGUAAGAGUAGCUAAGGAUUUGAUGGCCGAUUCUGUUUGCUGUAAUAGUAGCAACAGGGGUAUCCUUACUUUUGGAGAUGGGGAUGCUUGGGAAACUGUGAGAGAUUGCUCAGGUUUUGCAUCAUAUUUUGAAGGAAAUUUGAUGCAUUACCAAGCCUUGCUCGAGUCAAUCGAGAUGAAUUUUCCCAUUCAUCUUGCAGAAGCAAGAAUGGCCCUGGAAUGUCUUUUUGUGACACCUUUUAUCUCCUCUCAAGCUUGGAUUCAGAGGUGGAUGGAGAUGAAGGAAUGCUGUAACCUGCAAAUGGGAACUAGCCUGGAGGGUUGGAGAGUCAGUAAUGAGAGCUUGGAAGAAGCUAGAGAGACGGUGAAAGAAAAGCAAAGUUUAUAUAAGGUGAGAAUCGGAGGAGAGUGGAACAAUGAGAUGAUUUUGGAGUGGAGAGGAACACAAUUAGUCAGAGUUUCAGCAUGGAGAAAUUAAAGCUAAUUCGAGAUCAUAACAGAGAAAGUGCCACAGCAGAAUCAAAUUAAGGGGCUAUUAGCUAAAGAAUUCUUCAAGUACAUAUAUGAGAUAUAGAAUACAUCGGUUUGACAUUGUAUAGAUUAACUGUGCAAAAAGAAAUGAUAAGACUAGACAUUUUUAGUUUUAAUUAACCGGGAUUGUUCUAAUCUUCUGUUAUCAGUCGGAUGCCACUUAUCCAAAUGUAUUUCACCUUCAGUGGAUUCUUUAAGGCAGCGUUGUAUUUGAUCUGUCC